GUGUCCGGGUCGUGUCAGUGUUGUGUAUUAGGAAAGAAAUCUCGGCCUGACAGCUAGUAUGCCAGGCAUUAACAAAUCGGUGUCAGCCCCGGAUUUUAGGGAGCCAAACGACUUGCAGCUAUCCAAUGAAUCCUUUCGGGACACUCGAUACCACCCGGAACCCAGCUCGGAAGUUGGCCGGUUGCAGUUUGACGAUGCGGCCACCUCCUUCUCGAGGAUACACGCGCGAAUGGAGACUUCCACCUGCGCCUUCCGGAGCUAUGUGUUCGUGCUGCUGGGCGCCCAGGUGUUCCUCUCGUCGCUUCAGUGGAUGGGGGCCACCUAUCGAUGGAGACCACAGGUGACUCCGGCAGAGCGGAGCCUUUACUGCCUGCUCCUGCUGCUCUCGUGGACCAAUCUGACCCUGGCCUUCAUCGGCUUCCGCCGGCUGCAGUUCACCUUCCCGCUUAACUGGAUCAUAUUCGGCUGCAUUUUCGAGAGCCUUACGCUGCUGGUAAUGAGCGUGCGGCUCAUUGAGCAGGAUAUCACUUGGCCCUUUAUCGUGAUUAGCUUGGGUGUGCUGUUGGUGUACACGGCUUUGGGCUUGUGGGUGCCCGGCUACCUCACUGCCAACCUCUGGAUCCUCAUCCUCGUCAGCAUGAUAGUGCUCGUGGUCUCCGCCACGGCACUGGGCUGCCGCUUGCAGAUGCGUUUCUAUGUGCCACUCAGCCUCAGCGUGAUGAUAUUUGGACCCUGGGCCAUGUACAACUCCCAGCGCAUCUUUGUGCCCAAAAAACAGCCGGGUUACUUGGCUCACCAGUAUCUGGAGGCGGCCUCAAGGAUGUUCAUUAACUUUGCCUUCACCGUGGGCGGCAUUGUCUUUGCGCACGGCAUAGCGGUCAAUCACUUGGAUGUCAAGUGAUAUUCUGACGAGAAACCUGCAAGUUGGGCUUGAAUGAAAACUGGUGGAAAAGACACUAGUGAGACCACAGACAGACAGGUUUUAUUCUGAACCAGCAUAGACGUAGGCAGUCGUCUUCUAUAAGGAAUAACCAACUAAUCUGAUAAUAUAACCCUUAAAAUUCAAUAUUAUACA